UGGGGAGAGAGGAGGAGCCUACGUUGACUUUGCAUCCAUUGAGGCUUUUGCUGCAGCAUUGAACUUGCAGCGAAAAGGGCUUGACUAGCCUGGUCUCGUGGAGAAUUAGCUCUGGCACAUUGUGCACAUUGAGCUCAAGCGUUUGUAUUGUGCAUUGCAAUAUUUUCAAGGCGGGUGCAACACAUGGACGGCUUUAAGAUCUAUUGAAGCCCGUUGAAGAAAAAGGAGUGGCUGGGGACGGGUUUUGUCAUGUACUUUUAGCCCCGACGUUGGCUUGUGAAGUGCACUACCGUCGCAGAGGCUCUCAGUGCCUCCCAAGUCGCCAAGUUCCGUCACGCGUGCAGCGUUUCGCGGCGGAUCCGUCUCGCAGUGGCUGUUCCAAGGUUAUCUUUAUGCUAAGGUUGGGUGGUGGAAAAGUUUACAAUAUUUGCAUCACAUUUCCCAACCCUUACUCCCUGAAGCAAAAUGUCAGCCCAGGCGAAAAUCAAGAAGGAAAAGGAGAUCAUUGCGGAAUACGAGACCCAAGUGAAAGAGAUUCGUAACCAGCUGGUGGAGCAGUUCCGAUGUCUGGAGCAGCAGUCAGAGUCCCGUCUCCAGCUGCUGCAGGACCUGCAGGACUUCUUCCGCCGCAAGGCCGAGCUGCAGCUGGAGUACUCCAGGGGCCUGGACAAGCUGGCCGAGCGCUACUCGGCCAAGAUACGCACGUCGCGGGAGCACCAGCAGUUCAAGAAGGACCAGAACCUGCUGUCCACGGUGAACUGCUGGUACCUGGUUCUGAACCAGACGAGACGCGAGAGCCGCGACCACGCCACGCUCAGCGACAUCUACAACAACAACAUCAUUGUCCGCCUGGCGCACGUGGGUGAAGAUGUCAUCAGACUCUUCAAGAAGAGCAAGGACCUGGGAGUGCAGAUGCACGAGGAGUUGGUGAAAGUCACGAAUGAGCUCUACACGGUCAUGAAGACGUACCACAUGUACCACACGGAGAGCCUGUCCUCGGAGAGCAAGCUGAAGGAGGCGGAGAAGCAGGAGGAGAAGCACAUGGGGAAGGCCAACGACGCGGGGCUGCUGCGCCACGUCCACGAGGACCGCCCCACCAGACGCAGCUCCGUCAAGAAGAUGGAGAAGAUGAAGGAGAAGAGACAAGCCAAGUACUCUGAAAACAAGCUGAAGUGCACGAAAGCCCGGAACGAUUAUCUCCUGAAUCUGGCUGCCACCAAUGCCCUGGUGGCAAAAUACUACAUCCACGAUAUCUCCGAUUUGAUCGAUUGCUGCGACCUGGGCUUCCACGCCAGCCUGGCCCGCACCAUGCGCACCUUCCUGUCGGCCGAGUACAGCCUGGAGACGUCCCGCCACGAAGGUCUGGACCUCCUGGAGGGAGCGGUGGACGCCAUGGACGUCAGGGGGGACAAGCUGAAGGUCAUGGACAUGCACAGCCAGAUCUUCUGCCCGCCGGCCCGCUUCGGCUACCAGCCGCACAUGGGGGACGAGGUGUGCCAGGUGAGCGCCCAGCAGCCAGUGCAGACGGAGCUGUUGAUGCGUCACCACCAGCUGCAGUCCCGUCUGGCGACGCUCAAGAUCGAGAACGAGGAGGUGAGGAAGACUCUGGACGCCACCAUGCAGACCCUGCAGGACAUGCUGACGGUGGAGGACUUCGACGUGUCCGAGGCCUUCCAGCACAGCCAGUCCACCGAGUCGGUGAAGUCGGCCUCCUCCGACUCGUCCAUGAGCAAGGCCAACGUGGCCAAGAGGCGCGCCAACCAGCAGGAGACGGAGGGCUUCUACUUCACGAAGUACAAAGAGUAUCUGAACGGCAGCAACCUCAUCGUGAAGCUGCAGGCCAAACACGACCUUCUGAAGCAGACCCUCGGAGAAGGGGAGAGGCCGGACUAUGGAACAACAAGGAGCCCCUUCACACCCCUUAACCCACUCCGAGCCCGGCGGUUUAGGCCCAGCGCUCUUAGGUGUAAGAUGUUUAACGGCAAUAUGGAGACCCUCAUUCAGGAGACAGGGCAGGCCAUACCUGCGGUGGUGGAGAGCUGCGUGAGAUACAUCAACCUGUACGGUCUGCAGCAGCAGGGAAUUUUCCGUGUUCCAGGAUCCCACGUCGAAGUCAAUGACAUUAAAAAUUCAUUUGAGCGAGGAGAGGACCCCCUGGUGGACGAUCAGAGCGACCACGACAUCAACUCAGUGGCCGGGGUCCUGAAGCUGUACUUCAGGGGUCUCGAGAACCCCCUGUUCCCCAAGGAGCUGUUCCUCGAAUUCAUCUCCACAACCAAGCUGGAGUCAGGUGCGGAGCGGGCGCGCCACCUCCAGAAGCUGGUGGUGACCCUCUCGCGUCCCGCCAUCAUCGUGAUGAGAUACCUGUUUGCGUUCCUGAACCACCUGUCCCAAUACAGCGACGAGAACAUGAUGGACCCCUACAACAUCGCCACCUGCUUCGGGCCCACCCUGAUGCCCAUCCCCGACGACCAGGACCCCGUGGGCUGCCAGGCGCACGUCAACGAGGUCAUCAAGACCAUCCUCAUCCACCACGAGGCCAUCUUCCCCGGGCACCAGGAGCUGGAGGGGCCCGUCUACGAGAAGUGCAUGGCCGAGGUGGAGGAGUACUGCGAGAGCCCUCACAGUGAGCCCGGGGCGCUGGACGAGGUAGACAACGGCACCGGGCCCAACAGCAGUGACGAAGAGCUGGAGCAGAGCGAGGCCAUCGCCAAGUUCGACUACGUGGGUCGCAGUCCCCGCGAGCUGUCCUUCAAGAAGGGCGCGUCCCUCCUGCUGUACCACCGGGCCUCCCAGGACUGGUGGGAGGGCCGGCACAACGGCGUGGACGGCCUGAUACCUCACCAGUACAUCGUGGUGCAGGACCUGGAUGACGCCUUCUCAGACAGCGCCACGCACCGAUCCGACGGCGAGCCCGGCGGCGCUCAUCACCAUGACGACCUGAGACCUACACCCAGGGGCGACCACACGCCCGAGCAUCGCUACGAAGCCGCGCAGGGAAGGGUGAGGGUGCGCUCAGACGGGGGCGCGGCCGCCACCCCUCGCCACCGGGGCGGGUCCGAGCACCACCACACCCCCCCGCGGGCCUUGGACCCCCACCCCCCCCGGGUGCUCCCGCGCCCCUGCAGCCCCCUGAAGAUGGGGGUCCCGCGGGGCCUCACGGAGAGCCCCGAGAAGCGCCGGCUGGCCACCUUCGGGGGCGCCGGGGGCCCGGGUCACCCCGACCGCAAGGCGCUCUACGACAGCCACUCCCAGCGGUCCUCUCAGAGGUCCUCGCCGAGCGCCACGCGCCACGGCAGCCUGGGGGACCACAAGGCGUUGGAGGCGGAGGCACUGGCCGAGGACAUCGAGAAGACCAUGAACACGGCUCUCCACGAGCUGCGGGAGCUGGAGCGCCAGAACGUGGCCAAGCACGCUCCGGACGUGGUGCUGGACACCCUGGAGCCCAUGAAGCACCCGCGGGGGCCCGAGGCCCCAAGCAGCCCCCUGCACACCAUGGUGAUCCGGGACCCCGACGCGGUCCAGCGCCGCAGCAGCAGCAGCAGCUCCUCCUCCGAGACCACCAUGAGCACCUUCAAACCCGCGCUGUCGGCACGGCGACCCAGCGCGCCCCUGAGGCCCCCCCCGGUGCGACCGGUGCGGCCGGCCCCCGUGCUGGUCCCGGGGCCCCACCGCUCCAGCAGCUCCAGCUCCUCCGGCCUGGGGAGUCCGGGCAUCGCCUCGUCGGAUCGGGUGUUCCCCAAGGCGCCGUCCCCGUCCCCCUCCACCUCUUCGUCCUCGUCGGACAAGCAGAGGGAGUGAGGCGUGUGUCUAGGGGCCGGGGUUCUAGGGGGGGUCUAGGGGCCCCCCCAUGUACGAUGUGGAGCCGAGGUUGUGAGGAGAACCACACCCUUCCCCUCUGUUUCCUCUCCCUGUGAUCACCAGCCAACACGAUGUGUAACACCUCGCUGGUGCCCGGGAACACACACACACACACACACACACACACACACACACACACACACACACACACACACACUGGUACAAAUGGGUACUCAUUUAGUGUUGUCGAUGGGGAUGGACUAUAGGAGGACACCAAGUAAGUGGACUAUCAGUGACUUUUAAGCACAAAGGAUGAGAAUAUGAUCAUUUAGACAUUUUCAAGACUACCUUGGGCCAUGCUGGAUGGAAACGGGACUAUCUGGAAAAGUACUUUAUUAUUAUUACUGUGUUACGUUCAGCCGGCCAAAACAUCUCAUUUUAACAUAGUAGUCGUACCUCGCGGCGGCGUGCACAGACACGCUAGGCCCGGGCAUCUCAGCACUAUCUUAAUCCACCUAUCUUACCAUCUUUAGAUAAUAUAUAUUACCUCAAGAAACAUUUAGCACUUGCUCUUAUCAUAAAAAAAAAAAGACUAAUGCACAUAUAAACUAUAGGCAAUCGUGCAGCGUUGGUAAAUUCUGUGUUUUCUGCAUUUUGAUCAAGUUGUACUCUUCAAGAUUUCUAGCACAUCAGAGAUUCAGUGGAACCUGGCUCGGUAGAGCCCAGUCAGGCUGGGGCCGUUCAUGUGGGGACUGUUUACUAUUGCUGUUGUGUCAUUUAGCCUGAGGAUAAUCCUCUUCUUUCAAGUGUAAUAGGCACGUUUAACUGGAAAGAAGCGUACUGUUAAAGGUUACUUAUAUUGUACAAAUAACACUGUGCCAUAGGAACAGGAUAUAUUAUGGUCUAUAGCGUGUGUAGCGCGUUUGGUACUCCUCGCACAAACAUUAACAAAACAAGAAUAAAUGCAAGAAAUCUGCA